UUUAGGUAACGAAAAAGAAAGGAAUACAAUCAAUAAGACAAUAUAGCUAUAUAUACAGAGUAGAGAACUACAUAUGCAUAUUUAUAUUCUUCCAAUUAAUAUAUUAAUUGUAUUUAUAACAGUAUAAAUAAGUUUGGUAAAUAAUGCGUAUUUUUUGAUAUAAUUAUUAUCUGAGAACAGUUCUAUUUGAGAUGUAAAUAAUUAGUUCUGCAUUAUUUCUCAAAAAACCAUUCGUGUAAAUGAUAUGAUAUAACAUCUUUUUCGCGGGGUAGUAAUUGCUAUACCAACAUAGGCAUGAUGUUGCAGCGCUUCUUCAUGACUUGAACUUCAUAGUUUUGACUGACGUAUCAAUAUUUACAUUCAAAUGAAGAACCAUACGUAUUUCUUCGUCUUCUUGUACCGUAUUCAGUUAUCUCUGUUCUGUAAGGAGAAACGGACACAAUGUCAGAAGUUAUUGUAACGGAAAAAAACGUGUGGCAAUAUUACGAAAGAGUGUCAAAUUACGAAGCAAAAUGCAGGUUAUGCAGACAAAAUUAUGUUUACGUCUAUUCAACCUUCAGACUACAUAUAACAGCAAAAAUUCAUGAUGAUAUAACAACAUACGAAGAAACAUGUAAAGGACGACAAGAAUGGCCAUGGACAUGUUAUAAGUACAAUGAUACUUUCUCACAAUGUCUUUUCUGUCGUAAGAAUUUUCAAUCUGAUUUUCAGUCUUUAGCAUCUCAUCUACACCACAAGCAUGUUAACGAAGUGAAGAAUUACGUACUUCACGAUUGGAUAUAUAAAUAUUGUACGAAGGUUGGCGAUUUUAAAGUGCAAUGUACCGAAUGUAUCCAGAAAUUACAUAUUACUCUCCAUCAAAAUUUAAAUAUACAUAUAGUAAGUAAACAUUCGGAAGAAUUAAGAAAUGCGCAAGAAACACGCGACAUAGUUCUUUCGUCAAAAUCCGUCAUGAAUUUAAAAACUAUAGAAGUUAAAGAAAACAUGUGGGAAUAUUAUACUAAACUGUCGUCUUUUGAAGCAAAAUGCAAAUACUGCACCUAUAAAGUUAAAUAUAUUUUUAUUAAACACCUUUCUAUGCACGUAAAAAAAUGGCAUAAAUCCUUAUCUGAAUGGGAACAAGCAGACGAAAAUCAAAAACCAUGGAUAUAUUUUAAGUAUUCGUAUGAAUAUACUUUUGAUAAAAACAUAUUGCACUCAGAAUGUCUCAUGUGUGGUGAAUUCUUUCUGACUACUCUUGAAUCUACAAAGACACAUCUGUCACAGCAUUCUGAAGAACUACAUGACUUCAUACGUGAUCAUUGGUGUCCCAUCAUAUAAUUGUAAGUC